GUUCAUGAAUUUGAGAUGCACGAGGGUGUUUGGUUUAGCCAAUGCCCAUGGAUUUCGUAACCAAAGGUUCUACGGCAUAGGAAUUGUGUCUCUUCAUUUUACCAGUUUUUCCUUUAGAUAGAUGUGCUUCAGUAAGAUGUUUUGUGUUCUGCACUUUUAUUCAGAAUUUUGUAGUAGGGUAGAAUCAAGCGAAGACAAAUACUUGCAGUAGGAUUUAUAUAGAACGUCUAUGUAAAAAAUACAUGU